UCUGUGGCUCUCACAUUUCCUUCCAGCUUAGCCCUGGGAUCUUUCUAGAAAGGAUGCACCGGCCUUAGGGUUGGGGGAAGGUGUGCCCGAGGAUUCUCACUUCCGGCCCCGCCCAUAGGACCGGAAGCUCCGAGCCACUCAGUAUCCGGGUCUCUUCCGGUCCUCUGCGUGUUGUCAUGGAGAUGGGAUUGGCAGCAUCCAAACACCGAGGGAUGCUCGGCGCUCAGACCUGGGAACUGCUCACGAGUCUCGUCUUUUUCCAGCUGCCAAUCUCCUCUCAGACUAGCGAGAUCAUUCCAUGAGCGACGUGAGGUCCUCAGUGUAGCGGGAUGGGCACGUAAAGCCGCUCACUUCCGGGUUCUGCGUAGUUAGCGAUCAGCCAAUCGAGGCCCCGCUCUUUUUCCCGCGUCUCGCAGGUUGCCAUGGUGACGCAGAGGCCGUAUCCACGCGUCCAGGGAAAGCUGGUUAGGUCGCUGGGUGCCUCUGUUCUCCCUGUCCAGGCUGCUGCCGCGCCGUGGCGAGGCAGAGGGCGUGGGACGCGGGUCCCCACCAUCGCACAGGAGCUAGGGAUGCUGUUUUUCCACGUAUGAGAAAAUCGACCCAGAUAUGGAAAACUUUAUCCUGUAUGAGGAGAUUGGCAGAGGAAGCAAGACCGUCGUGUAUAAGGGGCGUCGGAAGGGCACCAUCAAUUUCGUGGCCAUUCUUUGUACUGAAAAGUGCAAACGGCCUGAAAUGACCAACUGGGUCCGUCUCACCCACGAAAUCAAACACAAGAACAUUGUGACGUUCCAUGAAUGGUACGAGACCAGCAAUCACCUCUGGAUGGUGGUGGAGCUGUGCACAGGUGGUUCUUUAGAAACUGUGAUUGCUCAGGACGAGAACCUCCCAGAAGAAGUUGUGAGAGAGUUUGGGGUGGAUUUGGUCACAGGGCUGCACCAUCUGCACCGGCUUGGCAUCCUCUUUUGUGACCUUACUCCUGGGAAGAUACUCUUGGAAGGGCCUGGCACACUGAAGUUCAGCAAUUUCUGCCUGGCGAGGGUGGAAGGAGAGAGUCUGGAGGAGUUCUUUGCUUUGGUGGCCGCAGAAGAAGGAGGUGGUGACAAUGGAGAAAACACGCUGAAGAAGAGCAUGAAAAACCGCGUCAGAGGCUCCCCAAUAUAUGCGGCACCAGAAAUCAUGAAGGGAACAGACUUUUCUGUCGCCAGUGACCUCUGGUCCUUGGGCUGUCUGCUUUAUGAAAUGUUCUCAGGCAAGCCUCCAUUCUUCUCAGAAACCGUGUCAGAGUUAAUUGAGAAGAUUCUGUAUGAAGACCCAUUGCCGCCGGUCCCAAAGGAUUCUUCAUUCCCCAAAGCAUCCUCAGAUUUCAUUAAUUUACUGGAUGGAUUACUACAGAAGGAUCCUCAGAAAAGGUUAUCGUGGGAGGGAGUCCUGCAGCACCCCUUCUGGAAGGACGCCCUGCGGAGAGAAGACUCGGUCUCGGCCUCGGCCUCGGCCUCCGAGGACUGCAUCUUCAGCAGCAGAAAUGUCAUGGAAUGUUCUGGACCUCAGGAUUCCAGGGAGCUUUUGCAAAGCCCUCAGAAUGGACCAGGGAAAGGGCAGAAGGCGGCUCCUCGCCUCAGCCUGUCUUUCAGGCUAGACAAUCCGACUGAGCUGAGGCCCAAGAGUGCCACAGGGGGCCAGCUGAAUGAAUCCAUAUUUCUCCUCAGUUCACGACCCACUCCAAGGACUAGUGCCAUGGUGGGAUUAAGUCCCGGAGAGGGUGAGGACACCAGCUCGCCACAGACCUCUCCUUUAUCCAAGAUGACAUGUGGGCAUCUGAGCCAGGGGGCCCUGGAGUCACAGAUGAGAGAGCUGAUCUACACGGACUCGGAUCUUGUGAUUACCCCAAUUAUCGACAACCCCAAGAUAAUGAAACAGCCUGCAAUCAAGUUUGAUCCAAAAAUCUUGCACCUACCGGCAUAUUCUGUGGAUAAGUUGCUGGUUCUGAAGGACCAAGACUGGAAUGAUUUCCUGCAGCAAGUGUGCUCCCAGAUCGACUCCAGCGAGAAGAGCACAGGGGUGUCACGGGCCAAGCUGAACCUCCUGUGCUAUCUGUGUGUGGUGGCUGCUCACAAGGAGGUGGCCACCAGGCUGCUCCACUCCCCACUGUUCCAGUUGCUAAUCCAGCAUUUGCGAAUAGCUCCAAACUGGGAUAUACGGUCCAAGGUUGCUCGCGUCAUCGGCUUGCUGGCCUCGCACACAACAGAACUUCAGGAAAAUGUGCCCGUUAUCGAGGCGAUCACGCUCUUAACGGAACUAAUCCGGGAGAACUUCAGGAGCAGCAAACUGAAGCAGUGCCUCCUGCCCAGCCUUGGGCAGCUCAUCUACCUCGUAGCAACCCAGGAAGAAAAGAAACAGCACUCCAGGGACUGCUGGGCUGUCCCCUUGGCUGCGUACACUGUGCUUAUGAGGUGCCUCCGGGAAGGGGAAGAACGUGUUGUCAAUCACAUGGCUGCGAAGAUCAUUGAGAAUGUUUGCACAACACUUUCUGCCCAGGCGCAGGGCUUCAUCACUGGGGAAGUCGGGCCUGUCCUGUGGCACCUCUUCAGACACUCCACCGUGGACUCCCUGAGGAUAACCGCAAUAUCGGCCCUGUGCAGAAUCACACGCCAGUCUCCCGCGGCCUUCCAGAACGUCAUCGAGAAGGUGGGCCUCAAUGCUGUCAUCAGCUCCCUGGCCUCUGCCAUCUGCAAAGUGCAGCAGUACAUGCUGACCCUCUUCACGGCCAUGCUGUCCUGUGGGAUUCAUCUCCAGCGGCUGAUCCAAGAAAAGGACUUCGUGUCCACGGUCAUCCGUCUACUUGACAGUCCAUCCACUGCCAUCAGAGCCAAAGCCUUCCUGGUGCUGCUUCACGUCCUGAUUCACAACCGGGACAUGCUGCUGCUGAGCUGCCAAGCGAGGCUGGUGAUGUACAUCGAGAGAGACAGCAGAAAGACCUCCCCGGGCAAGGACCUGCAGGGUGGGAGCGAGUACCUGGCCAGGUGCCUGGAUCUCCUCAUCCAGCACAUGGUACAGGAGCCACCCCGGAUCCUAGGUGACAUUCUCAAUGCCCUGGCAAAUGUGUCUGGCCGGAAGCACCCCUCGACAGUCCAGGGGAAGCAGCUGAAGAUGUGCCUCCCCAUGAUGCCUGUGGUGCUCCACCUGGUCAUGUCUCAGGUGUUCCGGCCUCAGGUGGUGACAGAGGAGUUCCUGUUCAGCUACGGGACUGUUCUUAGUCACAUUAAGUCAGUUGACUUGGGAGAAACGAACUUAGAUGGAGCCAUAGGGAUGGUGGCUGCGGAGGAAUUCAUCAAGAUCACCUUGUCGGCAUUCGAAGCAGUGAUACAGUACCCCGUUCUGCUGGCCGACUACCGCUCAACGGUCAUCGAUUACAUUCUGCCACCCUUGGUCUCCUUGGUUCAAAGUCAGAAUGUGGAGUGGAGACUCUUCAGCCUGCGGUUGCUCUCGGAGACUACAACCCUGCUGGUGAGCCAGGAGCCGGAGGAUGGGGACGAAGAGGCCAGCUGUGACUCCAACAACAGUCUUCUGGUGCUCAUCAGGGACGAGCUGCUCCCCCAGUAUGAGCACAUCCUCCUGGAGCCUGACCCAGUUCCGGCCUAUGCUCUGAAGCUGCUGGUCGCCAUGACGGAACACAACCCGGCUUUCACCAGGCUUGUGGAAGAAAGCAAACUGGUCCCGCUCAUUUUUGAAGUGAUUCUGGAGCAUCAGGAAAGCAUUCUGGGUAAUACCAUGCAGAGUGUGAUCGCGUUACUCAACAAUCUGGUUGCUUACAAAGACUCAAACAUGCAGCUGCUUUAUGAGCAAGGACUUGUUGGUCACGUCUGUAACAUGUUCACAGAAACUGCCACACUGUGCUUGGACAGUGACAAUAAGAACAACACAGAGCCGGCGGCCAUGCUGCUGACGUCACUGCUUGAUAUCCUGCUGGGCAUGCUGACGCACACCUCCAGCAUUGUCCGGCAGGCUCUGCAGGCCCAGAACUCAGGGUGGAGAGGGCAGAUCGGAGAGGCUCCCAUGGUGAAGCCGGUUGGGGCUGGUCUUGAGCAGCACAUCAUACCCGGUAGAACUUACUCGACUCUCUCUGCCUACUUCCAGCUUCCCAGUGAGGACCCUGAGAUCUCCGAGGUUUCAUCCAAGUGCCUGUCCAUCCUGGUGCAGCUGUAUGGAGGAGAGAACCCAGACAGCCUGUCCCCAGAAAACCUAGAGACCUUUGCUGACCUCCUGGUGGCCAAGGAAGACCCAAAGGACCAGAAGCUUCUGCUGCGGAUCCUCAGGAGGAUGCUCACCUCCAAUGAGAAGCACCUGGAAAGCCUCAAGAACACUGGCAGCCUCCUGCGGGCCCUGGAACACCUGGCUCCAGCUCACAGCUCGCCUGUCGAUAGCGCCGUGGCUUCCUUGGCCCUAGAACUCCUCCAAGCUGUUGGGCACUAGACAAGGCCACCCAGGGGCUCCCGUCAGUUGCACUGUGAGGUCACAUCCCACACAUUCCUCCUUUCCACCAGCCUCAAGUGGAGCUAAUAAAAUCGCUGGGCCACAACCUGAUGCCUCAAGUCCUCUCUGACUGGGAUGACUGUCCUCGUCUUCCCUAUGCAGAGGCCAAGCGAGCCUUGCCUCAAGUGAGCCACAGACCUCUGCAAAGCAGCUCCUGAGCAGACUUCAGCCUCACCACUCUGGUGUUCUAUGGCCACUUCUUUUUCCUUUUCAGGGACAUGAUCCCAAGAAUUCUAGGGAGGCCUGGGUGAGACACAUGCACAGCAAGUUCAGUGUGCGAGCAGGAGUGCGGAACACUGGAGUGAGUCUACCCAGCUAGAGGGGAUGGCAGUGUCAAGGCAGACUUGCUACCCCCACCCCCCGCCCCAUAACCUCAGACUUUACCAUUUCUGCCAAGUGCUAAGAGUCAAGUCUGGUGGACGCUGGGAGGAGGGUUGCCGUGUGGGGUGCGUCUGAGUCAGCACCGGAAGGUGGGGUGGGGCUUGGGCAGUUCCAAGCAGAUGAGCUGGCUGAGGCCUCUGGAACAGCUUUGGACCAGGUAGGUUUCUGGCCCAUUUGCUGCUCCAGGCUGCUUCUCUGGGGAAGGUGUGCACAGCUGGACCAUCCCCAACAGCAGCUAGCCCAGGGGUCCUACAGUCAGUGGCCAGCAGCCCUGCUGUGACAUGAUCUGGGUAGCCUGCCAGCUCCAGCUAGCCUCAUGAUGAAAACACCAGCCGUGCCGGACCACAUCAAAGGCAGCCAUGCCAAUUACCUUUAGUCUCCACAGCCACCUGCAAAGGCCUCAGCUUCCUCAGCCAGACCCUCCUCUUGCCUACAAGGAUCCAUGGCAUGGCUGGAUUCAGGGUUGACUCCUCUGCCCUGAGCAUCCCCAAGCAGGCCUUGGCUGGGAUGACAGACACAGAAGCACCAAGGACUUCAUAUAGCUAGAGGUGGUGUGUCACCAGGCUGUGUGGUGUCACCAGGCUGUGGGCCAAGUGGUCCUGGCCUGGCUGCAUUAUGGACUCAAGUGGCUGGGCGCUCUAAGAGAGUAGGCUCAGGUCAUCUCUCCCCGUCCCUUUGUUCAGUGCUUGAGCUCUGGAAUCCUGCAGGGAACUGCUUCAAAGCGAUGGGUUAUUCCUCCUCCUCUGCCCUUUUCAGCAGCACACAGAGCAAUCUAAAGCAGGAAGGCUUUAACAUUCCAGAACAUUCUGUUGAGUGGCUGGCUUACAGGAAAGGGCCUGGUGGUGUGAAGCAGGGCUGCUGUCUUGCUAGAGGCUAGGCCUGCCAGGCCUUGCCCCUCCGUCUUAAUGUUGGAGACCAUAAGCGUGCUGGCUGGGGGAGAGGGCAAAUACAACUGCUCCUUUGAGCUCCCCUUCAAGAGAGCAGACAUAGUUGGCCUCUUCAUGAGCACUAGGAUUCUGGUGGUGGCAAGCGGUCCAGACCUAGGUUUCUGCCUGCACCUCUCAGAGAGUCUCAGCCCCUAACUUCAGCAGCCACUAGGCACACAUCAGUCACAGGGAGGUGGCUGCCUAGGCCUAACCUUCUCCCCCUCUACCAACAGCUCAAGCCUUAACACACAGCCAGAGAGUAGGUGCUGGUUGUACUGUCUCCCAGGAAACGCCAGUGGGUAAAAAUGGCCACAGCCAACCUGGAGGAUACCUAGAUAGCCGCAGUGGUCGGCCUAUAGGUGUCUGUUUCCUGCAUGAACUCACAAGAUAUUGGGCUGACGGUUUCCUAUCCUCUAGUCCAGAAAAGAGCUGCUCUGGUGGCUAUGGCUGCUGAACAAGGUGAGUGUAGGAUGUGGGUCUCCCCACUGGACGGCUCACAAGAUGCCCUUUACCACCUUCCCCAGGCACUGAAAAAUACAGCGUGCAAAUCAAUCUCCCUGCUAACCCGUCAUGGGUGCAGACAGGGCUAGCUCAGGGGCCUCCCGAGGGCCAGAGGCAGCCUAAGAAGGGACACUGCCCAGUUCCUGCUGUCAUUUGUUUCUGCAGGUGGGCAUGUUCGAGACCCCACAUACCCCAAGGCCACCAGCCAUGAACGCCUUGUCCUCUGCUUCUCUAUCAGAAAAGAGUCCAUGCUGGACUCUCUCCUACAGGAGAAUGGUCACUUGACGGCUUGCUUAGCUGCUGGGGUGGCUGUUGUUUAGUGCUCUGCCGGCCCUGCCCCACACAGACACAGGGCAGGCAGGCAGGCAGGCAGAGUUUCCACUGCUCAUGUAGACCUCCUCUUUGGAUACAAACGGUGCUGUUCCCGGGCUAAGUUGUGUGUGCCUCUCCUUUUUGAAAAACCACAUGUGCCCUUCCCAGUGCACACGUGGAGACCAGGUCACUACUUCUGGGAUCCGUUCUUGCCUUCCACCUCGUUACCUUAACCCAUAUGGACUCUACAGACCCCAACUGGCAUCUCUGUGAAGGAGGACUUCCUCACAGGGACCUCCUGUGGCUUGGAAUGCUGGCUAACAGGCACAGUCUUAACCCAGGAAACCAAACAGCUCUCUCAGGCACAAACAUUCUCUCUUGGUAGAGGACCAAACACAAGUCUUAACAGGUCUGUGUAAGAAACGUACAAAGCCUGCUUGUCAGACCCACCACCAGGACAGAUCUGGCAGGCCACACGGAAGGCAGCCCAUUCUGGUUCUGAUUAUGUUCAGAUAAACGUUAGCAUUUAAACGUAAUUACUGGUUCAAAGGAGUGGAAGGCUUGCCCUCUCCAAGUGAGCCACACUCACAGAUCCAGGCACUGCUUCGUUACCGCUCAGUGGGAUGACCCUGUCCAAAGGAGGGGCUUAUUCGGCUUCCAGCUUUAGUUGUUGCUCAGUGUUAACACCUCGAGACUAUCAUGGGCAGCACACUUAGGUUUCUGAGCAGGAGGGUGAGUUGAAGGAGUGCAAGCUCCACAGCAGUCCUUCCUUCACAGAAGCCCAGUCAGCCACAGUAGUCAAGGCUGAAACACGCACUUCCUCCCUCUGGCUGGCCGGGUUUGGUGGGACGCUCGCUGCUAAGGGAGGCUGCCAUGCAGACUCAGGCCUUCUCUACCCCGGCAACCUGGGCACCCCAAUGACACCACCUCCUCAGGGCCAGCUGGGUGCCUGCAUUACCCUCACCAACCAUCUCAUGACAAACAAAUCAAAGUGACACAAGCGAAUGAAUUAAAAGUUUAAUUCUGAACCAUUUUUAUAACCAUUUUCUCUUGAAGCAUUGUAUCACAGCAGGUUACAACAACUUUGGGAUAAAAGGCAACUGGUAAACUGUCCAAAACAAGGCUCAAAUAACACCUCUUACUGAUUUACCCUACCGCACGUAUCCCCAAUAAAGUUUUUGUUCAAAAACAUGAAAUAGAUCCACCUGCUUAUUUUAAGCAUAUUAAAAAGGAAACUAAUCGGACCAUUUCUAUCUGUCUAUUUAUACAAAAGGCUACACAAUGUUACACGUCUCCAGAUUACGAUUAGCGUGAUUAUGAAUUAGUGUUCUACACCAUUACUCAGUUCUUAGAAAUCAGAAAUUGCUGUAGCAGGUUCACUAGAACAUAACACUACGAGACUUAAAACUAACAGUUACUGCAAAAAAUAAAAGCUACUUCAAAGCAAGCAAAGUCAGUACCAUUACAGAUAUUAAAAAAAAAAAACAAAAAACAACAA